UAAGGGGAGCCGUGCCGGUCGAAAAUACUUGCAGCGUUGACUGAAGAUUGUUAGUUUGUUGGGUUUUGAAGACAAUCCUGUAUUCGCAAGGUGAAAUUAAUUCGAAUAACACCCCGGAUUGAUUGUGAUUCCGAUCGGUUCAGUGAGGUGCAAGAUGGUAGACUCCUCAGUCCGAGUGGCUCUAAGAAUCAGGCCUCUUGUACCUACGGAAAUAGAUAAUGGAUGUCAAAUAUGCCUGUCAACAUUAUCAGACCAGCCACAGGUUCAGGUUUUGGGAACGGACAAAGCGUUCACAUUCAACCAUGUUUUCCCUCCGGAAGUUGACCAGGACACAUUUUACAAUACUGCUGUCAAGGGAAUGAUCAAAAAUCUUUUUGAAGGAUACAAUGUGACCAUUCUCGCAUACGGACAAACUGGAAGUGGUAAAACGCAUACUAUGGGAACAACUUAUAGCGGUGGCGAUGAAGAGAUGGGUGUAAUACCUCGUGCAAUAAGCGAGAUAUUCAAAAUUGUUGAGGAUAAAACUGACCAUGAAUUUAGAAUCUCGGUUUCCUUCAUGGAACUAUAUCAAGAGCACCUUUACGAUUUACUCUCCACUAAGGUUCGUGAAAAUUGCAUUGUCGAUAUUAGAGAGGAUGCCCAAGGUAUCAAAAUACCUGGCUUGACGGAAAAAGUUGUCGACAAUAUUUCUGCCACCUUCGAGUGCCUCAGCCAAGGCUCGCAGGGCCGAGCAACCGGCGCUACGGCUAUGAAUUCGCAGAGUAGUCGUAGCCAUGCAAUUUUCACUGUCAACAUACAUCAGCAGAAGAAAGAUGACGUAAAUACAGCAACCACCGCCAAAUUCCACCUGGUAGAUCUGGCUGGUUCAGAACGUAGUAAGAAAACAAAAGCUACCGGCGAGCGGUUCAAGGAAGGAGUGAACAUAAACAAAGGACUUCUGGCUCUGGGGAAUGUUAUUUCGCAAUUGGGAGAUGGAGGCUCUAAUAGUUUUGUGGGCUAUCGUGACAGCAAACUGACAAGGUUGCUUCAAGAUUCCCUCGGAGGCAAUUCUAUGACUCUCAUGGUUGCUUGCGUCAGCCCAGCUGACUAUAAUUUCGAUGAAACCCUGAGUACGUUACGUUAUGCGGACCGGGCGCGUAGGAUAAAGAAUAAACCUGUUGUAAACCAAGACCCGCAUGCUGCAGAAGUUAAUCGUCUGAACAAAUUGGUACAGGAAUUGAGACUGGCUUUACUAUCUCAGGGAAAUGUUAACGGCGUUUCGGCCUGCCCUGCAGAGCACAAAGAAUUGCAGGCUACGAUUCAGACGAUACAGGCAAAAAAUAGAGACCUCACCGAACGUUUGAAUGCAAAUUUAAUCGAAUUUCUCCACAUGACCGAGCGAGCGGAUUUAGCAGAAAGUGCCAGCGAGGCAAUUAAAGAAAAAAUUACUGAACUGUUGAAAGAGUUCAAAGAGUUUAUCGACAGGUUUGAUGCUGAUCCAGAUGAGCAUGACAAACAUCGAGCGGAGCUGACUGUCAUAUACAACAAAAUUUUAGAAUUCCAGAAUGAUCAAGAGAGGACAGCGAAGCAACUACUUAUGCACGAAUUGUCCACCGAGAAACAACCUGCGAUCAUCGACGAAGAAAAGUUGGCCUCUGACUUUGCGGAUGUUAAUUCUGACGAAGUCGAUCCCACAAUGUUAGAUCUGGAAGAUCGUCAAGAGAAACACACGAUGCAACAAGCUGAAAGGAAAGAUGAAGUGACAAACAUCAACCGUGAAUUGGCCCUGAAAGAGGAAUUAGUCUCAAAACUUUUAGCUAACUGUAGUCAGAUGGUAGAAUAUUCAAAGGAGAUCCAAGAAAUGGAACAAGAAAUAAAAAAACUUCAAGCGGAAAAAGAGGAUUUGCAAAAAGUAUUAGUAUCUGUUCAGUCGAACAACGUUAGCUCGAAGAUUGCGGAAGUACGUCGAAAGAAAGUGAAAGACUUGGAGAAAAAGAUUUCCGAAUUAUCGCGCAAAUGUAUGGAGCAAGGAAGUGUGAUAAAAAUGAAAGAAAAGUCUGACGUUAAAAUAAAAAAUUUGCUCACAGAAAUUCAGACUAUGAAGCAAUAUAAAGUGAAAUUAAUGCGGUUAAUGCGAACCGAGAGUGAGAAAUUCAGGCAGUGGAAGCUACAAAGGGAACAGGAAGUUAGGAAGCUCAAAGACCAGGAUAGAAAACGACAGAAUCAAAUAAUUCGAAUGGAAAAUCAAUACGGUAAACAGAAAAAUGUACUGAAACGAAAAGUAGAAGAGGCGUGUGCCAUCAACAAAAGACUGAAAGAAGCACUGGAAAAGCAGAGUAAGGCGCAACAAAAACGAGAGAAGUCCGGAAACGCUGUAGGAAUACAGGCUUGGGUGACGCAGGAGCUCGAAGUUCUUACAAGCACGAUUGACGCGGAGAGGUCGUUGGAAAGAUUGAUGCAGGACAGAGCGCUGCUAACGAGCACACUGUCCAAAAUCAAAGCAAACAAACACAAGUACGACGCGAUCACCUACGAGAAACAAAUCACCGAACUUUCGGAAGAUCUCCAAUUACGAAACGCACAGAUCUCCGAUCUUCAGCAGAAAAUUCUUGCUUCCGAUCAAGAGAACAAAACCAAGACCCGAUGGAACACGAUACAUUCGAUCACGGAUGCAAGAACUGCUUUGAAAACGUUGUUCGACCUGGCCGCUGAAACGAGGAAAAGUCAAUACGCCAAAAGCUAUCAGUACGAUGAACUUAUGGAAGAGUGUGAUUCGUUGCGAAUGAAAUUACGACAGAUGGAACUCCAGCAAAAAGAGCAGGCCGCAAGGCAGCGUGAAAAUGAAGCAAAAAUGCGCGCUGAACACGAAGAAGACAAAGCACAGCUACUCGAACAGCUACGUAGAAUUACUCCUUCGGCGACAGGCACAAGUGAAGAUCUCAGUGAAGCUCUCCCAAAGGGAGCUGGUAAUUCUGAUCGAAAUGAAAAAGAAAAUGUCAAAAGAUCGUCAAAAUCUAAAAAUGAUGACGUUUUUUAUCUGCCCGAGGAAGAACACUACUCAACGGAUGAAAGCCUAAUCGAAGAUGACGUUGAUAAGGAUCCUGAUUGGAGAAAAACACCCAUGUUUGUGAGAAUUAGAAAAAUACUGACUGCGGAAUCGAGUUUUGAUAAUAAUGCACCUGCUCCAAAGCGAUCGUCGGAUGGUGAGAUCAAAUGUUCCUGCAAGACUAAGUGUAAUACACGUUUAUGCACUUGCAGGAAGAACGAAGUGGGCUGCGUAAAUUGUAAUUGUAACCCUGAAUUCUGCACCAACAAAGAUACCUUCAAACGACAGAAGUUGUUCGCAGAGAUUGGAACCGAGGAACUGGAAGGCUCGUUUAAGAAACCUGAGCGAAGAGAGAUGAUGCAGCCACUGUAUAAGAAGUCUAAGAUUCAGGAUGUGACCAUACGACUCGACACCCCUUCGAAUUCAGAAGAUACACAAUAUAAUUCUGUCGAAAUGAACUUGUGAAAGUUUUAUAGUUAUUAGAUAACUUGGGUGAUAGGUGAUAAAGUGUAAGUAUGUGGUAAACGGAUACACCGAUGCAGAGUAGAAACGUAUUUGAAUUCUAAUGACUGAAUAUUUUAUGUGUGCGUUGACUGACCACGAUGUGGGUAGCUUGCCUACUCUGUAGAAUACAAUCGCUUUUCUUUUUGCUACGCACCAAAAGGCGACAAAUAUAAUCAUCUGAACUCCCGCAUCUUUACUAACAAUAAGAAGAAAAUAUAAAAUUAAUUGUAUAUAUGUACAUUCUUCUUUUGUCGAUGUACGAUGUAAGCCACCUUCUUGAGUUCAAAGCAAAGGAAACUGCUCUUGCCAUUUAUCCGUUAUCGGUAUUCCAUCCAAUUGCAGUAGUUGAAUUUCACGGUUUGCGUACAGUUAUUUUGUACUAUGGAAAUCGAUGGAGAAAUACUCUGUCAUACAAGAAGCAAUGACGUAGAAUACUGGAGUCUGAUCUUCUUGGGAUUUACCGGUCAAACAUCAUUUCGUGUUCAAGAAAGCUUAUUCAUUGAUUCUAUCAGAUUUAUGCAGGAAUCAAGAAUUCGCUUUUCCAUUUUGCCGUGACAAUUUGUUGGCAGUAACGAGUAAACUAACGCGUAUGACUUUGACUGUCAGUCAAAGGAAAGUUAGCUCACCAGAAGUAGAACUUCUGCUGGUUGUUGUUAGAAGGUGGAAUCAAUAAAUCCGUCAUGAAUUGAA